AUGUCGGCUGGAUUUGAUCCUUGGAAGUAUUUUCAUGAAAGCCCAGAGGAACAAGCAGCUAUUAAUGCUCGUGCUCAAUAUAGAAAUGCUAUGAAGGAAGAGUACAGGCGAAUCAAAACAAAUCCAAUUAAUCCGCCCCAGGGUGUUAUUCAUGAUCCAAACAUGCAGCGAUGGUUUUCUGCUCGUGUUACUUACGCCGAGUACAUUAAGCCGUCAACAAAAGGUUGCUUCGUCGUCUCCGCUUUUUUCGGAUUUUUUGGUCUAGUUUACUUGGGUUUGUCUUCUCGCAGGAAUCGCCGUGUAGCUGAAAUCGAAAGGGGUGAAGUCGAUUACAAAACUCGCGCCCUAAAGUUCGAUCCGAAAUAA